AUGGAGAACGGCACUAGGGCCCUGAAGGUUGCAGAUGGGACCAGCGCUGCCUGGUACAUCCUCACCAUCAUCGGCAUCUGCGGAGUGGUGUUCCUCUUCCGGCUGGCCAGCAACAUCCUCAGGAAGAACGAUAAGUCCUUGGAAGAUAUUUAUUACUCAAACUUCACCUCUGAACUAAAAAAGAAAGGGCUCCAGCACAAGGUAGCCAAAUGCUCUGCAUUGACCAUUAGCAACAGAGCUGUCUUGCAGCCCGACCAGGACAGCCUGGGGCCCAAGUGUGGAAACAGUGGACGCCAAAACGAAACCCAAGGGAUCUCUUGA